GGCAGAAAAGAACUCGACGCCGACGGCUCCGACCGCUCCCCGCUAACUCUUCACACUCUCUCUAAAGUCCUCAUGGCUCCCACCGAAGACGCCAAGGCUGCGGCCGCCGAGCCGACGCCCGCCACUACCACUGCUCCGACUGAGGAGGUUACUGCUUCCCCCGCUACGACGCGCUCGCCUUCGGCUCGUAAGGCCAAGACGGCCGCCGCUGCCAAGAAGGACGAACCCGUCGCUAAGGAAGCCCCUAAGGCUAAGAAGCCGAAGGCCAAGAAGGCCCCGGCGGCUAAGAAUGCUGGCGAAAGCGGCCCUUCUUACUUUGAGUUGAUUGUGGACGCCAUCAAGGAGCUUAAGGAGCGCAACGGCUCGUCCCGUCAGGCCAUCUCCAAGAUCGUGGAGAACAAGAAGGACAACUAUGCUAGCCACCACCUGAACAAGGCUCUGCGUACAGCUGUUGAUGCCGGCAAGUUCAUUCAGAUCAAGGGCUCGUACAAGCUCUCGCCCGAGCUGCGCAAACCCGCUGCCUCCACGAAGAGGAGCCUCAAGGUGUCUGACAAGUCGGCCAAGACUGUCAAGAAGGUUGGUAAGGUGGCCAAGAAGUCGCCUACGGCGAAGAAGACGGCGGCCAAGAAGGUUGCUGCUAAGAAGGUGGCGGCCAAGAAGGCCCCGGCCAAGAAGACGACGGCUAAGAAGUCGCCUACCGCUAAGAAGGCUGCUGCCAAGAAGACGGUCACCAAGAAGGCGGCCCCGAAGAAGGCUGCGGCCAAGAAGUCGGCCCCUAAGAAGGCUACUGCCAAGACUACUAAGAAGACGGUCAAGAAGACGGCCAAGAAGUAAAGUGCCUCUCUGACUCACUGUGCUAUAAUUCAAGGUCGGUGAUUUAUUACGGGUUGGGGACUGUUUUAGCUACGCCACGACGUCAAAGGACCCGCCCUUCCCUCUAUCCCUCGGUGUUUUUUAACACCACCCUUUGUACUUCAGAAAUUGUCCCUGUAUCCCACCGAAAACAUGACGGAGCCUGAAGUAGCAAGAAGAUGUCACCAUAAAUAACGUUUGAGCAACUU